AUGACGUGUGAUCCGAACGCGACCUCUCUGUUCCUCGUCGUCGACUCCUUGUUCCUUUGUUUCUCGACCACUUUCGUAAUUCGCCGUCGUGGCCACGAUCCUUCUCUCGCCAAUGUCGCUUCUUUCCUCCAGGAGUACAAGCUUCUGGUCAUUGGUCUGACAAGAGUCGAUGCCCGACAAGGGUCUUGUGACGAAACCUCGAUCAUGGCCAAUAUCGAAGUCUGUGAAGGGGCUCGUCGUGGCUUGGUGGUAAUUCUCGAUGCUGAUGGCCGUGCUGCUGAGCGCUUGAGUUCAGCAGAGCUAUACCUGUCAGUCCUCAUUCAACCUCCAGAAACUCAUGAGCAGGGAAAGCCUGGAACAAAUACCGUCGUGACGGAACUUUGGAUGCUGGAAGAGAUCUAA